CCAACCCAAACCCUGGGUCAGGCCGCACCUCCCCCUCCCACCCACCACCAUCGUCAUCCCUCCUCCUGCAGCACACCUCGUCCAUCCGCAACCCCGCUCUUUUCUCAACUUGCACUCUCCCCUCCCCUCCUCAUCCUCCUACACAACGAUAAUGUUCACCGCUCCUCUCCGUGCCUCCACCUCGGGUGCCCUCCGCACCGCUGCCCGCGCGCAGCGCGCCCCCAUCGCCCGCUCGAUGGCUUCGCUCGUCGAGGAGAGCAGGCUUCCUGCCAAGUUCGGCGGCAAGUACACUGUCACCCUCAUCCCCGGUGACGGUAUCGGAAACGAGGUCGCCGACUCGGUCAAGGAGGUCUUCGAGGCCCUCAAGGUCCCCGUCGAGUGGGAGCAGUACAACGUUUCGGGCGAGACCAGCGGCAACGAGGGAACCUUCCAGGAGGCCAUGGAGUCGUUGAAGCGCAACAAGGUCGGACUCAAGGGUAUCCUCUACACCCCCACCGACCAGCGCGGCCACAACUCGUGGAACGUUGCCAUGCGUCAGUCGCUCGACAUUUACGCCUCGGUUGUCGUCUGCAAGACCCUCCCCGGCUUCCCCACCCGCCACGACGACGUCGACUUUGCCAUCAUCCGUGAGAACACUGAGGGCGAGUACUCUGGUCUCGAGCACCAGUCGUACCCCGGUGUCGUCGAGUCGCUCAAGGUCACCACCACCGCCAAGGCCGAGCGCAUUGCCCGCUUCGCCUUUGACUUUGCCCUCAAGAACAACCGCAAGAAGGUCACCUGCGUCCACAAGGCCAACAUCAUGAAGCUCGGUGACGGUCUCUUCCUCAACACGUGCAAGCGCAUCGCCGAGGAGGAGUACGGCAACACUGGCAUCAAGUUUGACAACAUGAUUGUUGACAACGCUUCGAUGCAGCUCGUCUCCAAGCCCCAGCAGUUCGACGUUGUCGUCCUCCCCAACCUUUACGGAAACAUCAUCUCCAACAUUGGUGCCGCCCUUGUCGGUGGCCCCGGUGUCGUCCCCGGCUGCAACUUUGGCCGCGAGUACGCCCUCUUCGAGCCCGGAUGCCGUCACGUCGGCAAGGACAUCCAGGGCAAGAACAAGGCCAACCCCACGGCUCUUCUCCUCUCGUCCACCAUGCUCCUCCGUCACCUCGGCCUCGAGGAGCAGGCCAACCUCAUCGCGUCGUCGGUCUACGACGUCAUCUCGGAGGGCAAGGUCCGCACUGCCGACGUUGGCGGCACCCAGUCGACCACCGACUUCACCCAGGCUGUUCUGAACAAGGCCCUCAACUAA